CAAAGUAAAUUUAACAGUAAAUUAUAAAUAAAUAAAACAGAAUUAUUGCUUGCAUUCCAGGUUUCAAAUCCAGAAAAAGAGAGAAGAGGAAAGACACUGAGUAAGCAAUGAAAUUUCCAAAUUCUCAAUUGUUUCUUCCAUUCUUGUUGUUGUUGUUCUUCGCGAUAACUCCCUUUCGCGGUUCAGGGCAGCAAACGGAUUGGAACAGCGAAGAGACUCAACAUGGAAAUGGGGUUCGCCGCAGAGUUCUUCUGAGUUUCAAAGAGAAGCCCUCAGGAAGUAACGUUACCUUUGAAUGUACUCCUUCGGGUCCUUGUGUGCCCUGUCUCUACUCUGAGAAGGGUGAUGAGAAAUAUCGAUGCAGUGAGACUGGCUACCGAAUUCCAUUCAAAUGUUUAGAGAUUAAAGAUUCAACAAAGGAUGCAAAGAAAACAAAGUCUCAAAAAGGUCGGUUGUCUUUGGAAAUUUCUGAUGGUAUUGCAGAAUCUCAUAAAGUGUCACAUGACGCUGGAGAGAUCAAUCCUUCACAAUCACAUAGAAGAUUAGUGGACGAUUCAUCGUCUUCAGAUAAUAGUUCACAGGCUUACAUCACUUACAGAAGCUGUAUAACCCCAGUUAAUGAAGAGAAGUUGUCGGUGCUUAAUUUUGAGGGGGUGGUGAUUUUUUUCUUACUAAUCAGUGGAUCAAUCAUAUACUUGAGAAAAAAGAAGGUCGCAUCCAUGUCUGGUUAUGUAGCAGGAAGGGGUCAGAACAACUCUCGAUUUUGAAAUUGAAGCCUAAUGAAUGAUGACAUUUUUACUCCAUAUUGAUUGUAAUAGGGUAAAUGUUGGUAUUUAGUGGCCUCCUUUUGUAUUUUUGUAGUUUUUACUCAAUUAAUUGCAUUUUGAAGCCAUAUAAUUUGGGUCAAUUUUGGCUAAUUUAUUGGAACAGAGGAUUUUUAGGUUAUUUUUUUCAACAAGUCAGAACUUUUCUUGUACAAGUAUUUUUUAUAUUUUUUUUAUUCUUCUCAAAUGGUGUAAAGAUUUUUAUGGUAUCAACUUAUUAGAAAA